UCUCCGCCAUUACUAGUUUCAGUUCAGUCCUCCCCCCUCCUCCUCCAAGGAGAGAGAGAGAGAGAGAGAGUGAGAGAGAGAGAGAGAGAGAGAGAGUUCUAGAAGAUUCUAGAACUACUACCACCGCCGGCGAGUCGGAGCUCGGCGGCAACCGUAUCCUAGGUCGGGAUCGUCUUGCUCCCCUUCCAGAAGAAGAAGGUUCUAGAAGCGGAAGUGUCACACCAUUCGCGGCCUAGCCAUCCUCGUCUUCACCGCCGCCGCGACCUCCGCUUCCACCUCCGCCCCGCUCAGAAUGGUGAGGGAUCUCGCCGCGGUGCGCCGCACGCCGGCGAGGGCUUCGACAUCCUCCUCCGCCUCGGAGGUCGGUAACGAUGAGAACGCGCCGGUGGACGCCUCGGAUGCCGCCGUGGUGGAGCCCGAGGCGGCGGCGGCGAGGCCCCCGCUGCUCGCCAUCCAGCCGCCGCAGUCGGGGCUGAAGCGGAAGCCGGAGUCCCCGGCGCCGACGCCGUCGAAGCUCCCGUUCCGGACGCCGGAGAAGGCGGCGGCGCGGAGCCGGUUCGGGUGGGUCCCGCCGCGGGGAGAAGAGCAGCCGCCUCCGCGCGUCGGCGGGACCCCGUACAGCGCGGUGAGUACUCCCGGGAGGCAUCGGGGGAAGUCCUCCGCGGCGGCGGCAUCGGAGGGUGGUGGUGGGUCGACGCAGAGCACGCCGACGAAGAGCGUGACGAAGCCCGCGUACAGCAUUGGGAUGAGCGCGUCGAGGCCGCCGAUGAGCAGUGGGCAGCGGGGGGCCGGGUUGGGGUUGGGGUUCUCGAUGGCGGCGAGGGGGACGCCCAUGUCCUUUGCUCCGGUGACUGUGGUGAAUACCGCAGAGGUGCCGCAUUUCGAGCUCCGGGAGGAUCCCUCGUUCUGGAUGGAGAACAAUGUGCAGGUUGUUAUCCGUGUGCGCCCUCUAAAUAACACUGAAAGAAACCUCCAUAACUACAAUCGAUGUUUGAAACAAGAGAGUGCACAGAGCAUCACAUGGAUUGGGCAGCCAGAAAGUCGUUUUACAUUCGAUCAUGUUGCUUGUGAAGCAGUGAAUCAGGAAGUGCUUUUCCGUGUUGCUGGUUUACCGAUGGUUGAGAACUGCAUGGCUGGGUACAAUAGUUGUAUCUUUGCUUAUGGGCAGACUGGAAGUGGAAAGACAUACACAAUGCUUGGCGAGAUCAGUGAACUGGAAGUGAGGCCUAGUCAAGAUCGUGGGAUGACCCCUCGCAUUUUUGAGUUCUUGUUUGCGAGAAUCAGAGCGGAAGAAGAGAGCAGGAGGGAUGAGAAGCUAAAGUACAAUUGCAAGUGUUCUUUCCUGGAGAUUUACAAUGAACAAAUCACAGACCUUCUUGAUCCUUCAUCCACAAAUCUUCCACUGCGAGAAGAUAUACGGAACGGUGUUUACGUUGAAAAUCUGACUGAACUAGAAGUUGGUUGUGUCAGUGACAUCAUAAAACUUUUGAUGCAGGGUUCUGCGAACAGGAAAGUGGCAGCUACAAAUAUGAACCGUGAGAGUAGUCGGUCCCACAGUGUUUUCACAUGCAUCAUUGAGAGUCGGUGGGAGAAAGAUUCGGCAUCUAACUUACGAUUUGCAAGGCUGAAUCUAGUUGACCUUGCUGGGUCAGAAAGACAGAGGACAUCUGGUGCUGCAGGUGAGCGGCUGAAAGAAGCUGCUAAUAUUAACAAAUCAUUAUCAACACUAGGCCUUGUUAUAAUGAGUUUAGUUGAUCAAGCACAUGGGAAACAAAGGCAUGUUCCAUAUAGGGACUCAAGAUUGACAUUUCUCCUUCAGGAUUCUCUUGGUGGGAACUCAAAAACAAUGAUUAUUGCAAAUGUCAGCCCUUCAGUGUGUUCCGCUAGCGAAACACUCAGCACCCUCAAGUUUGCCCAGCGUGCUAGGCUCAUUCAGAACAAUGCGGUUGUGAAUGAAGAUGCUUCAGGAGAUGUACUGGCUUUGCAGCAUCAAAUACGCCUUCUAAAGGAAGAGCUCGCUGUCCUCAAGCGCCAACGUGUCCCUAGAUCUUUGUCAUUCACUUCUGACAUUUUUGAAAGGUCUGGAGUAGAUGUUGAUGAUGGAACUGAAAGCAUGAAUAUGGAUGAGGAGAAUGAUAAUGAUGCCCAUGACAGAAGAUCCCUGCAAGAUUUAAGGAUUUCAAAUAAGCAAUUGAGGUUGCUGGAAGAAACACUAGCUGGAGCAUUCCGGAGAGAAUCAGUUGCAGAAGCCACUGUAAAGCAACUUGAAGCUGAAAUUGAGCAGUUGAACCGAAUGGUUUAUGAGAGAGAGAAUGAUACAAGGAGUGCUAAGAUGACACUUAAGUUUCGAGAAGAUAAGAUUCACCAGAUGGAGGCUCUUGUUCGUGACAAACUGCCAGCUGAAUCAUAUCUACUUGAAGAAAACAAUACAUUAUUGAAAGAGAUUGAUUUGCUUCGUGCAAAAAUCGACAAAAAUCCAGAAGUGACCCGUUUUGCCCUAGAAAAUAUUCGUCUCUCAAACAAACUCAAGAGUUACAACCAAUUCUGUAAUGAAGGGGAGAGGGAGCAUUUGCUGAAUGAAGUUUCCAUCCUUCGGAAUCAGGUCUUGCAAAUACUUGAAAGGAGGGCAGAAGCUGAGCAACCAAAUAAUUUCCCAACCAAUUUUGAGUUGAAACGGACCUCUCAAGAGUUGGAAACCUGUAGAGGCGAGCUGCAAGCUUGCCUAGAAGCGAAUAAAAAAUUAGCAAGGGAAAUAGCUGAUCUACAGAAUGAAUUAAGUAAUAUACAUAGCUCAAAUAGAGAGGGCCAUCCUAAUGUGGUUGAGAAAUUUUCAUCAGCUUUGAACCAGUAUGAUUCUCAUGCACCUGAAAAGAAGGAUCAGUGUUUUCAAGAGGGUUUCAUGAUAAACACGGAUGACAUAUUAAACCUGCAGCUGGAGUUGGACAUAAUUAAAACAAUACUGGCUGAAGAGAGGACAACCCGUGCAGAAGUUGAGAAACGAAUUACUUGUUUAGAUGAUGAGCUAAAAGCAGCAAAUAUUCAUAUUCUCCAAACUUGUAGGCAGAGUGAAACCAUGCAACGUGAAUUGAGUGAUGCAAGAUCUGUUAUUGAAGCUCUUGAGUCUCAGCAGAUUAUGUUGAUAAAUGAACUAGAUGAGCUCAAGGAGAGCAAUCAGCAAAGCUUAGAGCAUCUAAAGAAGAGGGAUUUGGAAAUAUCAAGGUUAAACAAUGAGCUUGAUGUGCACCGUAGGCAAGAAUUCUUAGCUAUGGAAGAGCCGAAAGUGCAACUUCUGAAGUGUUUUGAGAAUGAUGAUUCACCUUUGCAGACAAAACUGAAAAGAAUGCAAGCUUCACUUGAGAAAGCACGCAAAUUAAAUACAAGGUACCAAAGAGAUCAGGCAUCUCACAGUUCUGCUCAGCAAGAAAUGGAUGAAGUCAGUAGACAGGUUGAGGUUGAAACGGCUGAGGUUAUUAUGUGCUUACAGGAAGAGCUCAUAUCACUCCAACAGCAAUUAGAUGCCAGUAGCAAAAACGAAUUAUUAGCCAACCAAAGAAUAGAUGAGGCUCGACUGGAAAGAGAACAGUUGAAUGAUAGGCUGCUUGAAGUGAUGAAAGAGAAUGAAUGUUUUUCUGCGCUAAUUGAGGAGAAAGACAAGAAAAUUGGGAUGUUGACCAAUGACUGGGACAAAUUAGCUUCUGACAUAGGAAACUUCCUUUUGGAUGGAAAUGCAGCUCUUGACGAAGCUUCUGACCAGGUUGCCUUUAUUUCUGAGUCUAUUUCCCAAAGGAAAUGGAUUGAGGAUCAAGUCCAGAAGAUGUGUCGAGGAAUAUCCCAAAGAGAUGAGUUACUCAAAGAGCUUCAAAGUAGGUUGAAAGAGGCAGAUGACAUAAGAUGUGAUUUGGACUUGAAGUUAAGGUCCUUAAGAGGAGCAAUGCAGGCUAUAAAUGACACACAUCAACAAGAGAAGAAUGAUCAAGAAAAUGCUAUGUCUGUUUUAAGAUCACAAGAAUCUAAUGAAAGAUAUGUGAAUCAGCAGCAACUUCAAGAGCUUCAGAGGAUACAACUGUUGUUGGAUGAGUCCAUUGAAUCUUUUGUGCAGAAGGAGGUUAUAGAACAAAGUUAUAUUUCUCUGCAAAGGGCGAUGGAGGAAGUGAUUCAUCAUCUGGAGUCACAAUUAGACCAGUCAAAGAGAGAUUUGACUCAAUUAUUGAGUGAGACCCAGGAUAAGGAGCAGGCCUUUGAGAGGCUGAAAAAUGAAGAAAACGGUGUUCUGUUAACAGUGCUGUCAGAUGUUCUAAAGGCAAAGGGUGUUAUACAUGAGUUUGAAACUGGAUUCAAUGCAAUACAGUCAAGCUUUUCUGUGGAUCCUGAAGAGGUCGUUUGCCAAAAUUCAGACUUGAACUUGGAGGAUCGGGUUGGCUGUGAUCCCACUGGAGCCUUCGAAGCUGGGGAGAAGCACAAUGGUGAUGUCCUUUGCAAACUUAGUAAGGAAAUGGAGUGUGUAGUUUACACAAUGCAAAUGCUGCAAUCUCAAAUGGUCAAACUUCUUCAAGAAAAAGAAAACGCGAAAGAAUAUCAUUUCCAAAGUCAAAGAACUAUUAAAGAUGUAAGUGCCAAGGUCCUUCAACUGAAAUCAGAGAUAAUUGACAAGGAAAAGGGCUAUGAAGCUAGACUAAAAGAGUUGGAGAUAAAGAUGCAAGAAAAGGAGAAAGACACUGCAGAAUCAUUUAUUUCAUGGAAUAAAGAAAGAGAGGCACUUGAACUUGAGGUUUCAGAGGCAAAAAGUCUUGCGAUUCAAAAAUCAUUCGAGGCUUCUACUCUUAUAUCCAAGUUUGAAGAGGCACAGGCAACUAUAAGUGAUGCUGACACUACUGUCAAUGCACUAGUUGAAGCAAAUGAAAAAGCAAAACUUCAAAUACAAAAUUUCAAAGAAAAUGAAGCUUUGUUCCUUUCUGAAAAGGAGAGAUUACUAACUGAGAUAAGUAGUUUGAAGAUGCUGCUGGACGUGAAAGACCAAACUUAUGAGGUAAUGGAAAAGAAAUUUGCGGCAAGCCUGCUUGAAGCAAAUGACCUAGCACUUGAACUUGAAGAUGGCAUUAGACAUUUGCAGAAUUUGUUAUUGGAGAAGCUUGAGUUCGUUUCUUCUGAUGUUGAAUGGAUGAAAUCAAAGCUUCAGCAGUUUGCCGAGUUGGCAAGGACUUGGUUAGAGGAGAACUGGUUAGAGAUAAUUGGAAAGGACUGUGCUGUUUCUGUUUUGCAUCUCUGUCACAUGGGGAUUUUGUUGGAGAGAAUUACUGGGCUUAAUGCAGAAAAUGGUUUCCUUCAACGUGGGUUGUGCGAAUCCAAUUCUUUGAUAUCCAAGCUGCGUGAGCACAAUGACAGAGCAAAGAAUGAACUGGAAAUGUGUAGUGUUCUCAAAGGGAAACUGCUACUUGACAUUAAUCAUAAUUUCAGUCGCAUUGCAAAGAAGGAACAGGAAGCAACUGAACUGAACUCAAGAUUAGAUGCUUUUGAGAAGAAGAUUCUGCACUUACAAGCUCAAGAGGAAGCAAUGUUGGCACGGUCAAAUUCCAUGUAUAAUGAACUCUCCAUAUUGGUGGAAGAGAUUGAUGCUACCAACAAGAGUGCAUUGGCAACUGAAUCCAAGGAAAAGGAAGAGCUACGCCACCAAUUAGAUGAAGCUUUGCUUUGCAAUGCUAUGUUAAAAGACAUAAUUCAAGAAGACGUGGAUCUGCCUCAAGUGAAUAAUUAUAUGAAAGGGUGCAGUGAAUUUGAGUUGUGCAAUCGCCUUGCAGAUUAUCACAAUGAAUUGGUUACUACCAACAUAAUUGCAAAGGAUAUCGAGUCUUUUGUUCUUUCUUCAGAAUUAGUGCAGCAAAAAGCACAGCUGCAAAAACAAGAACUCAUGUUUAUUGAUGCCCUUGAUGGAUUGACAACAGAAGCAACUUUGUCGAGAGUUGACAAGGAUUUGGGUAGUGCUGUAAUUUUUUCUUUGCUUGAUGAUAGCAAUAAGAUAAUGAUUGAUUUUGAUAACCUUAAGCAGAACAAGGACGAGCUAAUGGAAAAUUUACAUGUUCUGAGCGAGGAAAACCUAAACCUUAGAUCUGUAGUUGGUUCUUUGGAAUCAAGUAUCGAGUCGUUGCAAACAGAACUUGAUGGAAAAACGAAAGCUCUGAUGGAGUUGCAAUAUUCCCAUACAACCAUACUUGAAGAGUUCAAGUUGAAAUCCAAGGCCACUGAACUUGGUGUCUCAAGGGAAAAUGAUCUGAGGUCAGAAAACAAUUUAUUGAAACAUGAAUAUCUAGAUAUUGUGCGCAAAGAGCAGAUGAUGGCUGAAUUGGUUGCUAAUCUUGAUUCUGAGAAGUUGUUUGUCACCAUUCAAGGUCGUUUGGAACAAGUUGCUGAUCAAGUACAGAUGUACACUAGCGACCAAUUGAACAUGGUGACAAAGGUCUCCAAUGAGAUAGACUUCAUCCAGAUGUCCAUCGAAGGGUUGAUUACCCACAAUGGUUUCCUACAGUCUGAAUUAAUUCGCAAAGAUGAAUUGGCAAAGGGCUUGUCCUUUGAUCUCAGCUUGCUACAGGAGUCAGCAUCUGUUGCAAAAGACCAAGCAGAUGAACUUAUCCAGUUAACUGAAGCAAUAGAGUCAUUAGAACCGGAGCUUGAUUCUAAAUCAAAUGAACUUGUUGAUGCUGUUUCUGGAAGACAAUUACUAGAAGCUCAGAUCUUGAAGAGUAAUCAAAAGGUUUCUGCCUUAGAGGAGCAGCUGGCAAGUAAGAUAAAUGAAUUGAAGGAAGUUUCUGUGGAAAAAGAUGAACUGACGUCUAAGCUGAACCAUAUUGAAGGGAUCAGUUACACUAUGGAGGAUGAGUUGGCUGAUAAAAGUAAAGCUAUUGAAAGGCUGGAAGAAGAGCUGAUUGAGUUGAGAAGUUUACUUGAUGCCAGGACCUGCUUCCUUCAAAAUUUGCAGAAUGACUUUUCUAAGCUUUUGGAUGAAAAGAAAUACUGUGAAACUCAGGUUCUUAUCUUGAAUGAGAAGCUGGAGAUGGCUCAGGCAUUGGCAGAAGAAAGUGAAGCAAUUGCUACAGAAGCUAAACAGAUGGCGGAGGAAAGGAAGACGCAUGCUGAAGAGAAGGAUGAAGAAGUCAAGCUAUUGGAGAGGUCCAUUGAGGAGCUUGAGACUACUGUUUGUGCUUUGGAAAACAAGGUGGACAUCAUUAAGGAAGAAGCAGAGCGUCAAAGAAUGCACAGAGAAGAAAUAGAACUAGAGCUGCAGAAAGUCAGGCAACAAAUGCUAGCUGUUCCUUCCUCAGGGCAAGCAACGAGCUCCCUAGAAGGUGGAAUGGGUGAUUUUACUGACUCAUCCAGGCACUCCAGAGAGAUAAAGAAUGAGCUACUGGCUGCCCAGGAGAAUAUAAGAAUACUUCAAAAGGAUGUUGCUGAGAAGGAAACAGAGAUUGCUCAGUGCAAGGCACACAUAUCAGAGCUAAACAUACAUGCUGAGGCAGCAGCCCGAGAAUAUAAGCAGAAAUUCAUGGAGCUAGAAGCCAUGGCACAACAGGUUAAGAGUGACAAUACAUCUGCAAAUGCUUGUUCCACAAGACCAGAGAAGAUCAGUUUGAAACCUCGCGGUUCAGGCUCUCCAUUUAAGUGCAUUGGACUGGGAUUUGUACAACAAAUGAAUUCUGAGAAAGAUGAAGAGCUUAGUGCUGCAAAGCAACGCAUUAUGGAACUUGAGGGCAUAGCAGCUAGUCGGCAAAGGGAGAUAUUCAUGUUGAAUGCGAGAUUAGCUACAACAGAGAGUAUGACACAUGAUGUGAUUCGUGAUAUGUUAGGUGUUAAGAUGAACAUGGCGACUUGGGCGGCACUGGUUGACAACCAGCAACAAAUGGACACACAAGAGUCAGCUGUUACCCAAGCUCAUGAAUCUAAAGAGCAGUCCGAUGAGUUGAUGAAGCUGAGGAGCCAGCUUGAUGAAUUAAUUGAAGAGAGACAGAGUUGGCUUGAUGAAAUAAACCAGCGACAAUCUGAACUUGGAGCAGCUCGCAUUACUAUAGAAAAAUUAAGACAAAAGGAACACUUUAUGGUAGCUGAAAUUGAGCUGCUGAAGGCUGAGAAUGCGAAUGGCAAAGCCAUCAUCUUUAAUCUUGAAGAUGAAGUGAAAAAGCUUACGAGACAACAGAAUCUUCAACUGCGAAUUAAUCAUCACGUGAAAACAAAGGAAGAGAAUAACUUACUUAAAAAGCAGAAUGAAGAGCUAAGUGCAAAGCUGCAGAAGCUAGGAGCAGUUGUUGCCCGUACGAAGGAAGAGCUUGCUCGCUACAGGGUUUCAGAUGGGAAGGACCCAUAUGAGCAGAUGGAGGAGGAAGAGCUAUUAAGAAAUAGAUUAGAAGAAAGCGAGCAGGAUAGAAGCAAGCUUGCAGAAAACCUGUCGAGCCUGUGUGCCACCGUUCUGAAGAUCGCUGGAGUUAGAAACCAUGAGUCUGAUGCGAGUCUUUUGAAAGCAUUGGAAGCCUUAAAUCAGAUCCAACUCCGUAUUGCUUCAAUGGAGGCUGGGGUUGAGGAUCUUAAACUGAAGUGCAAACUACUGCAUGAAAAGGCCCGUUUAUCGGAGCUUCGGAGCGAGUCAUCUUCUCUUAGCUCAGGUCGCUCCAGAUCACCGAGUGUGUGCAGAUCACCAAGCAUCUCGUCAUUCCGAUGACGCAGCUGACUCAAAUAGAAGCGAAGCAAGUGUUGUACUGUACAUAAUAUUGGUUGCUACAUCGUUUUGUUACUCGUUAGUUACCAGCUAACCACCUACCGACCUGUGCCCCAAAGCAUCUCGUGCAGUACAGUUUUGCUGCGAGUAGAGUAGGGGCAUUAACCAUGCAUUGCUGAUGUUGCAUCUGCUGGCCUAGUUAAUUGAAUCAUGUAUACACAUUGAAAUCCAAUGCAAUUAUUCUUUUACUUGAAAUAGCCGCUGAUGAUCUUGCUAUCUUGAAAGAUGCAAGUGAUCAAUCGGCUCUCCUCUCUCA